UCUUCCCGUUUCGAGAGAGAGACGGGGAGAAGCAGCUACGUGCCUUUUAGCCUGUGGCAAAUGUCUUUUGUGGGAGGUCCGGGCCCGCCCCAUUCUUCCCCGGGGGAGGGUGAGAAGGCAGGGAAAGGGGGCGCGCCCCUUCCACUCAGUGCGCAAGAGGUUUCUGCUAGCGGCUGCACAGUGCGAUAAAAUGACCCUGCUUUGAAAGAAAGCAGAGACCCUCCGACUAUAGCAGCUGCGAAUGGAGACAAGAAGGAAGGGUUAGCGCCGGACUUUCCGCGGCUAGCGAGCGGGAGUUGAGGCGUCGCGGUGGCGUCAUGCUAUGGAGAGCCGCAGCGCCGCGGUAUUGGGCUUGGGGCAACUUUUAGCUCCUUUCGGGGAGCACCAGCAGCAGGAAGAGGUUGCCUCAGUGCCACCAUGGCGAGGGGACGAAGAAGAGGCGGCGGCGACAGGCGACCAUGUUGAGCGGCAGCAGCCGUGGGAGAGGGACGAGGAAGCGCUGUUGGAGUUGCGCCGUCGCCGCGGGCGCUCACUCUCCCUGCCCGCCAGCCCGACUUUGGCUGCGGCGCGGCUUUUCCCUCGGGGGAGACUCCAGGGUGACGGCGAUGAGGGGGACGACGACGGGGCGUCCGGAGCGGACGUCAGCGACUGCUGCACCAAGUGCAAGAAGCGGGUGCAGUUCGCCGACUCGCUGGGCUUGUGCCUGGCCAGCGUCAAGCACUUCAGCGCCGCCGAGGAGCCGCAGGUCCCGCCCGCCGUCCUCUCCCGCCUGCAGAGCUUUCCCAUGCGCCAGAAGGACUUCGAGGAGUUCAGCGCCGCCCUGGCGGAGCUGGGCGGUUGCGCGGCGCCUUCGUUUGCUCGCUCGCCGCCACAGGUAGCGGCUCAGGCCCUACAGCUCGAGGGGACCGGCAAGUCUCUGGACUUGGAGCGGCUGGAGCGGGAGCGCGUGUGCCUGGAGGAGGCGGCGGGGACAGCUCUGGCCGGGGUACCCACAGACAUUCGCGGCGUGGUGAGGGUGCUGAGCUGCCCUGGCCCCAAGGAGGUGACGGUGCGCUACACUUUCAACGAGUGGCUCUCCUUCCUAGACAGCCGCGCCGUUGUGCUGCCGGCGGAAGGGAACCCCGCGGACCCCUCCAGCCCAGUUGAGCGCUACCAGUUCAUUCUGUGCCUUCCUCCCAGUCUGCCCGAUGGGACGGCCGUGCAUUUCGCCAUCUGCUACCGCAGCCAGCAGGGUGAAUACUGGGAUAACAACGGCGGCGAUAACUACACCCUUCGCGGAUGUACCCCGGAGGACUCUGCAACCUCUUCGUAUUACUGAGUCGGACGGCGGCAGCUCCUGGAUAGCCUCGACCUGUUCCGGCCUAAAAGCCAGCAGUGCCUGCCUCGCAUUCAUUAUUCAGCCCGGUUAACACAGAGCCCUGCCGCAUCCCGGAGCGCCCAGCCUGCCUACGUGCCUUUUCUCCUCUCAGAAGCCUAAGCUUUGGAGUGGAUCAGGAAAUGGCUUCUAAAGAGCCUAGAAGAAUGUAGCACAACUACCGAACUCACUCUGGGCCAAUAGAGCUGUUCAUGUUGUUUAUUUUUUUCCUUUAAGUGGUUUGUCUUCUCUCCACCCCCAAGCUGAACACUGUGCCUUUUGAGUGAAGGUUCUUUUCGCUAAGAUAGAAUUGUAGUUAAUAUUCUGAAUGCAGUGAGGAGGAAUAAAGACACUAAGGAAGAAGUGCUUACUCUCAUUUUGUAGAAGAGAUAAAGAGGUAUGUUGGGAAUCGGACAGGGUUGAGGAAAUGCUGUUUUUAAGGAACUUUAUCUGUACCUGUAUUUUGUUUUGUUUGCACUGAGGAUUUUAAUUUCUGCUCCAGUUAUAGACAAGUAUUUAAGAACUACUAAAACCAAGUACACAUGAGCUUUCAGCUGUGAAAAAGUUGUGUUCUUUGUGUACACUUCGAGUUGACAAUUUUCUGCAUUCUAGAAUGACCAUAUGGAAUGGAAGACAGGGAACCUAGAACUUGCCAGAGCUGUGUAAAGAAGAGGAGAUUUUAAGUGACAUUGGUUUUCCUGUUAAAAUCCCUUCUUUUGCAGAAAUGCUGCACUACAAGAGCCCUGACCUCCUUUGCUUUUGGACACCCUGUCUGUGCUGGCUUCCUGCAUGUAUUGCAGCUACUGUUACCAGCACACUGCAUUAAUUUUUUGGCCAACUCCUACAGAUCUCUGUACACAUGCAUACACAAAAUAUAUGAAGCUUUCAAGCAUGCAAAAGCUGAUACUUGGAUGAAUAUAUCUAGCUGUCCCUGAGCAGUGAGAUCCAUAAGCAUCAUUCUUUUCUUGUUUUGAAUCUUUAGUUGGGUUACCAGAUACAUAGCUGUCACAUGGAUUUUCAUUGGUUUGUGUAGAUUGGUGAUUUGGUGCUUUAAAAUGUGAGUUCAGUCAGUGUUCUGGGAGUUCCCCUCCUUGGAGUUCUUACUUUAAGAUGACAUACUAUGACAGUGCUCAUUCACAAAGCAGAUACCCUUCUAUCAUUUUUAGUGAAUCCUUUCCACCUGGGUGUUCCUCCUCUAGCUUGGUGGAUAUCCCUAUUUGGGCUCUCCUUUACAUUGAAGUUUAAUUUAUUUUCAAGAUUCCCAAGCGGUUUAUUAAUAUGGCAGUAAUUUUACCAUCACCCAGCUCUUUUAGUAAGAGAAAUCCUUCUGGGAAACAAGGUGCUUAAAUUCAGUGACCAGUUUAAUAGUCAUGCAAAAAGCAAAGGUACUUGUGUUUGCCUUAGGGAAAAAAUAGUGGAAAAUCUUAAGUCAACUCCAAAGGUCACAAACUAUGCAGGUGUGCACAUUUUAGUGAACUUUAAGUUGACUUAAUUAAAGGUAUUACAUUUAACUGGAGGCAUUGGGAUGUAUCUGCCCAUGUGGCGUGUGAUUUUCCAUCUGAUCUACUAAUCACUUUGCAUUAGGGGGCCUUAUUUUCUGAAUCAUGGAAAAUGCAGAUAUUUGUGUUUUCUUACAGUAUUGACUUACUGAAACAAGCAUGUUGGAGACUUCCUUUUUGGAAUUCUUAGAAAUUAAUUCCAUGGCCCAGGUCUGUCUUCACCUGAAAUAAGUUGACACCUUUGUAAGAGAAAGUACAACUACUGCAAAUGACUACAGGUGUGACAUUCUUCAGUAACAUGAAUAAUUCUGAUAGGCACUGUGUUACUAGGCAUAGCCACACAGAAGGUGAAGGGAGAGGUGAGCAAGAAUAAACUUUAUGAAGCCAUGCAUGGUUAUUUAGUUCUAGCUGUUCUGCUAUAUGUUGUGGAGCUUGCAUCUUUUAGGGGCAUCAUCUUGUAGCUUGCAUCACCCGUACAUAUUUCCAAGAGAUGGGGCUGCUCAGCAUAGCCAGCAGAAUGGUGUUUGAAGCAUGACCAUUGUGUGGGCAUACAGUCAGCACCAUAAUGUUUCAAGGUUUGUAAACAUGAGUUUACAAGCUUUGGCUAGGCAUGGCUUCCAAGCAUGUGGUUAGCAAGCUUACAUUUCUGAAUCAGAGGCAUGGCAAACACUGACUGCCCUUCUUCAGUCUAGAAUAGUCUUGCUGCUCAGUUAUGUAUCAAGUAUGUAGAAUGUGAUCCUUCUGGACUUAAUGUUCUUUUCAAAAAAGAAGAACUUUGGAGAUUUGGAAACAUGUUCUUAAAGGGUUAAAUGACUGUUUGUUUUUGACGCACAGAUAGGUUGACAGUAAAUUGUACUAUAACCUUGGACUCUGCAGCUGAAAAACUGUUUGGGACAAAAGUUAAAAUGUAGUUGAAGUCUUCUUUCUUACAAAGGCAGAGGGACAAAGAAAUGAGAGACAGUGUGAGAGAGAGGGUUUGCACACCAAGGGGAAUAUUGUCUUGCAGUGCUCUUUAAAGCUAGUGUCCUCCAGCCAGAGGACUUCCAUUUUCCAAAACACAGAAAAAAUUCAUCUUGGUCACUUUUUAAAGACUAUUGUAAAUGCUCAAAAACCCUUCCAUUUUCUAAAAUUAAUUUUCAAAUAUUUUAAAUAAUGCAACAACUGAAUAAGCAAGCACAAGUAUGUUGAAGUUCUUAGUGCCACCUAUUAAUUUUGUUUGGAUAAAAAAGGAUAUUCUGCCAAAUAGCAAGCCAUGAGUCAUAAUGUGUUCCAUGGAAGCUGUGUUGCAGUUACUACCUUAAGUGGUAAAGAUCCUGACAUUUCAGAAGAUGCCAAUUUUAUCUUUCCAUAGUAUGAGGUUUCUAUACCUGAACCUGGGAGAACGGGCAAAAGAGGGAGGUGUGUGCCCAGUGUAGCAGAUGCAAUAACAGAACUUGUUCAGUAUCUAUGGUUUGAAUAGGUGUUUUGGGGAAUGUAAAGUUAGCCAGAGCUUGACUGCUUGCCAACUAGAGUGCACAAGCUAACUGGUGCAGUUUCUUCACUGCAUUUUUAUUUUAAUUAGAGGAGGAUGGAAGAGGCAGCUGCCAUUGGUCCCUUGCAGGAGGAGAAAGAGGAGUAUAUGAGUAAUUGUAAGGAACACAUUAGUUGUUUCUUUUCUUCCAUGAGGUGAAUGAAAAGUUUAGCUCUUGUCUGGAUUAUUUAGAGGAGUGAACAAUGACAGUUGAUGGUAUGCCUAAGCUAAACGUGUGAGAUCAUUCACAGCAGACACAGUGAAAAUUCUUAGCAUGCUGUGUACUAAUGGCAAAACAGGUAAGAACUGGCUUUGGCAAAAUUAUAGAGAAUUCUUCCUGUAGUUGCUGUGAAUGAUUGUGUUGCAGCAGUAUUCAGAGAAUACUAAUUGAUUGUCAUGAAGCCUCUAGCGCAUGCAAAAUGUAUGGUCUUAAUGCUGUGUCUGAUUGCCUUCUUCCUAAGGAAUGUCCAACAUGCCUCUGUUCUGUGCCUUGAUACAGGAAUAUGUAGAAGGGUUGGGCUGGGUGAGGAUUUUUCUUUAGCUGCACUGUAGGAAUUUCCUCAGUUGCUUUCAUAAGCAAAUACUGUAAACUUUUAUGAAUAAAAAUGCCUUUUCCUCUGAGUUAAUGAGGCUGCCUGUUUGCUACAUCCAACCACAACAGCUUUUGUCUGCAAUAUAAUCUUUGUGUGUGUGUCUUAACAGAAUUGUAUGUAAAUGGGGAAAAAGUUGUAGUGAAGAGGAGGGGCUGGUGAUUCCAAGUGCUACAGCCUUUAAUACUCUUUGGGUUGGCAACCUCAAAUAUUUGUUUUAGGACUUGAAUAAGGGCUCUGUUUGCUUUAAUUUGCUUUUGCUUUAAAGGACUAGAAAGAAACACAACAAAGUUUAGGAUCCAUUCUAUAGCAGUUCUUGAUAUGGAGAUGAAAAUAGUUGAAAUGGCAGGAAUCAGAACUGCAAUUACCAGUGCAGAAGUGCUUCUUUUUCUUCUGGCAGGUCUCCUUGAUUCAGACUACAAUGGCAUAUAAUUUCUAUUUAUUAACAGUACAUCUGAAUCUAAAAGCAUAUUUCCUUUUCUGAAGUGUGGUAAUGUUGUUGAUAAAGAACUGAACACAAGUUCACGUUUAAUGCUUCUUUGGCAGAAGAAGUCUUGCUUUAGCACUGGCAGAGUUUGCUUCUCACUUUUCAUAUGUACUAGGUCUGCAAUGGAUCAAGGCUUAUGACUGCUGGAGAUGGGUGUGUGGUUGAAUUAGCAUAUUGUCACUCUUUGUUCCAGAGGUUGGGGGACUUUUCAAAGCAGCACGAGAGGCAGUAUGGGAGACUUCAGGGGAAGGGGAAUUGGUAGAAAUUAUCCCCAACUUUACCCAUUGGUGAGCCUACUCUAGAUUUCAGUUUGGAUCAAACCCAGGAAGAGAUUUCACAGGCUUCUAGACCAGCCUUUCCCCGCAUAUAGUGCUCUCCAGGUGAUUUAGUUUGCAUUUCCUGCCAGCUCCAGCAAGCAUGGCCAGAUCAGAAUUAUUGGCAAUUUCAGUCUAAAACAUCUGGAGUGUAUCAGGUUGGGUGGGAAAGGCUGAUGCAGGUGGAAAACUUGAAUAGAACAAUGCCUUUAGGCACAGUUCCAUGGGUUGCAAGACAGAAGCCUUUGAACAUGGAGUCUUCUAAGUAUCUAGUGCUCUCCUGGACUGAAGCCAGGAUAGCGGGAGGAGCAGGGGAGCCUCCUUGCCUCUGCAUCCUCCAGUCACUGCAUUUUUCACUAGACAAGCUUAUUCUGCUUGUCUAGUGAAGGCAUUCUGGAAAGGAAAAGGCAGGAGGCUGAAAGAGGCUUGAGAUAGUUUGCAUCCUGAGCAUCCUUCUCACUUCCCUGCCCACCAGAAUGCCUCCCCUUCAUCCUCUCUGAGGUUUAUUUUUCAGUCUUGGUGUUCAGCCAGUGUAGUGGUUUCCAUGCUGACUGCAGGUGGAUGGAGGGGGGGGGGGGGUUGGAUCUGACUCCCCCUUCCAAAGUUGGAGCACUGUCCAACCCCACAAUCAUGUCAUCACUCAGACAACAUCUAGAGGCCAUAGGAUUGCUUUAUCUGGGUUGGAUCUGGUUUCAAUCACAUUUGGAAUAGAUGUAUUGACAUGAAUGGGACUUAGCUUAGUCAUGUCUGAAGUCCCAGUGAUUUCAUUGCACCUAUACUAAGUAUGCCUGAGUCUGGUUCUGUGCACAAAUGUCUGUCCCACUUGUAGAAAUUGCUACAGGUGGUCAAAAUACUUAUUUAAAUAACUAGCUUCACUUUGAAGUUGAUCAUUUCCCUUAAGUGCUUAGAAGUGAAUGAAAGGGAGCAAAGGGGUAUAGCAAUGUGCCCAUGGUUGUCCCAUCCUUGAAGCAUUGUAUCGACAAGGACUGUUUGCAGAUGAGGCUUAAAUCAUGCCAUCCUUCUUCCAAAUUCAUGGAAUGUUAUGGGUGAUCCAGAUGUCUUCUACUAAUGACUUUUCCAGUCUCUCUUUUUUUUGUCUUACCUUGCAAAAUCCAGUCAGAACUUGAACAUGGGCAAAAAGUGAUAGUUAUGAACCUUUUUUGGUGGUGCAAAUACACAAUACCUUGUAGCAAGUGUUAAUAUAGAGAAAUUCUAUAUAAGGAUUGAACCAGAUGUGAACAAGAAACGUGCUAUUUCUGUCCUGUGUUUUAAAAAUAUAUGGGCAGGCAUGGGACUGCUCCAUCCUGAUUGGAACAUAAUCUGGGCAUGCUUAAAUCUUUAACUCACACACUUUUCCUGAUGAAAUCUGCUCCCUUAAAGCUGCUCUUUCCCCUAAGUUAAAAACAUAUUAGUGUGGGAUGCCAGUAGCUGAUUUUUUUUUCCUUACAAAAAGAUAAAUACUGACAUUCAGCCAUCCGCUGCUUGGCUAUUUUGGCCCUGAAAGAAGAGUGCAUCUUAUAAAUCUUAUAAUGGUAGGGGCAGCAGCAUGAUGGUUACAGUGGGGAUUUCUUCCAGGGAGAAUUCCUCCAUGGGGCAGGACUUGUAGGAGGCUCUGUGGGCCAGGCUGGAGAGCCUUUAGGGUCAAACUAGGCCUAUAGGGCAGGGGCCCUGCAUCCCUGUCAUUUAAAUGGCACGUUGUGGGCAUCUUGUUUCUUAUUGAUUAACCAAAUAACACUGAAGCCACACUUUGGGGAAUCAUUGGUAUAGUAUAAAGAUAUAAACCAGGCAUGGCACUUAACAGAAAAGGUUACAGUUAUCAUGAGAGCACUUUGUUAUUUCCAGCACUUGGAACAAGGAUCAAAAACAUGGCUAUGCCUAAGGAGAAAUAACCAUCUACCUUCAUCAUGUUCCUCCCUUUCAAGUAGGAGUGUAUUUCAGAUGAAUGGAACUAAAGGUGAGUUGAAUCAAGAUGUGUGUUGACUCUUAGAAGAAGAAUAAUGGCAGAGACACUUUGCUUUUGGGAUUACUCCUCUCUUUAAGCCCUGUUGUCUCAUGGUUGUAGGUUGCUGCAACAAGUAGCCAACUGCAGCUUUGUGAAGUCUGAUGCAGGUUCAUUGUCACUUUGCUUUGGUAUCCCUGUUUUUCAAAAUGUUGGUUCACAAUGGGAAAGGUCGAGGUGAAUAUUGAGAUAUGAUUAGGAACAAAGAGGCAAGCCAUAGAGCCAACUGGGUGACUUUGGGCCAGUCACAGGCUCUCAGCCCAACUACCUCACAGGGUUGAUGUUGUGGGGAUAAGACUGAGAUCAUGUAACUUGCUUUGACUACUUAAAAAAACAGGUUAGAUAUAAAUAAAUAGAAUAGAAUAGAAUAGCUUUGGUUUUCACUUUUGAUGGAGGUGGGUUUUGAUACAUAUUUAGUGGGUUGAAUCCAGAGUUGGUCAUAUGUGGAACAGAUCCCUUGAAAUCCAUGAGACAGGUAGGACUAAUAUAAGUUCCAUGGAUCUUGAUGGGGUUAUUCUUAAAUGUAUUUAAAGACAGCGGAACCCACCAGCUGUAAUCUAACAAUGGCCAUGCUUCCUAUGCAAGCAGCUUGGAAACUCUGCUACAUUCAAGACUAUGUGAUCUGGCAAUGGCCCUCUAACUUUGUGUUCAGUAUGGCUUUCUGUGCCACUUUCCAUUCUCCAAAAGGCAGCAGCAUAAGCAAAGUAGAACAAGUCAGACUGGUUUCUGGUUUCUUUUCCGGAGGUGGCCAAGUAUGCAAGUGUUGCUUCUGCUGUUGUAUAGAAACAGCCUUUAAAAGGCUGUGAAGGCAGGGUCUUCUGCCUUAAGGAUAAUCUGUGUCAAUCUAAAGAGUGUGGAAAGAUGCCACAGCACCAUUUGGUUGUUUGAAACUAUUGCUUGUAGUUACCACUUGAUGGGGGCUUAUAGGUCAUCAGCAAAUCCAUCGUUCUGUCUGAUGAAUGGCUGGCCCUCACCAUCAUACACGGUUCUUACCCUAGAUUGAUUUGUUGCUUCUAAUUACAUUUCAAUACACUUGCCUAUGGGGAAAAGCAACCUGUGGCUAUCAAGAGCUGUUUCUGUGGAUGCAUUCUGGAGGUGCUUCUGUGUACAUGAAUUGUAUGCAGUGUUAAUGUGAAAUGCUUGCAUGGAUUCUUGAAGCCAUGCUAUAAAAUUCUGGGAAUGUUUUAAAUAGUAGAAGCUUGUAGAAGUUGUGACAGUCCAAGCUUGCUGCAGUCUGAUGGCCAGGUAUGUAUGAAUUUAUUUCAAUUUCUGUGCUGCUACCAUAGCCCAUAAUUGGACUCCCUGUGUGGCUUACAGCAAUUAAAACAAUAUUUUAAAAUCAAUAAUACUAAAAACAUGUACAAAACAUAAUUCAAAAACACAUCCCAAAAAUUAAGAUCAUUACAUUAUAUUUAUGGUUGCUUGUCUAUUUUAAAAAAUAAACUAAAAUAAAAUUAUAAACCAGAGUCAUGUUAAAAACUAAAUUAUCAUUAAAAUCACCUGUUAAAAUAGCUGAAGAAGCCUGGUGCUGAUGCCUGCCAAAUGCAUAGUAGUCCUAUUUCUGCAGCCGCUUAUGUUAAACUUAGCUUGGACUGACCGCCCUUCAACUUUAGGGAACUUUUGACAUCCCUUCUAAUAGAGCAUUGUCCUCUGUAAGGUAGGAUACAUGGCCACUACAACUACUAGAAAGGUUUGAAAGUUUUGUUAAAUUUCAGGAUAUUGUUUGGAUUUUGUUCUGCAGAGCUCAUUUGAACUUCAAAAUCGCAAACAACAGAAUGUUGGUGCAUAGCACUUAAGCUUAAACUUGAUAAGGGGAUUAUGUGAGGAGCAACAUUUUUUGAAGCGCUUCCUUCUGCCCCUUUGCUUUCUUUAAUUAAGAAACUUCUGCCUUUAUGAGAUGCUAAGCAAUUUGUAAACUAGCCAUGAAGUGCUCUCUGGAAUAUUCCUCGUUGGUAUAAACAAAGAAAAAUAUUCUUUAUUUCUGUGCAAGAAAAUCAAAUUUUAGCUAUUUAAAGUUAAGGAAAUACAUCUAAAGGAAACAAAGUGUUGACUGCUGAAAACAAAGCAUACAUACUAAAUAAAAAUAUAAUGCACUGGAAUACUAGACAUCUACAGACACAGUGUACUUACAGUGAAAUUAUGUAACCCCUCUCAUGCAACUUGUAGGCCUCUACUCCAAGAGAAAGAACUACUUCUUACAAGAUGUGACUAACAUGUUUUGUUAGGGUUACAUAUCUGUUAGGGUUACAAAUCUAACUGUACCUAUUUAACCUUUUGAUAACAGAGGCCUCCAGUUCGUAUUUCCCCCUUUUUCCAUAAUGUGGAAUAUACAUGCACUUGGGCAUUUUGCACAAAGGAAUUUUGCACAAAGGUUUUGUCUUCCUAUAGUAAAUAUGCAAUGAUUCUUUGCAUUCCACACCAAUGUUUAAGCAUAAUAGACUUCAUUUAUUUCAGUUCUCCAUGUGUGUAUUUUAUACAUACUGCAGUAUAAGGGAAGGUGGAAUAUCUUUUGGCACAAAACUGAUUUAGAAUCAGUAAAUCAGUGAAAAUUCAUUUCUGUUCCCUUUUAUAUAGCACUGAGGCUUAUUGCGUGAAAUUCUAAGUGUGGCCUACAACUCUCAUGAGCCCUAUGCAGCAUGGCUACCCCAGCUGUACAGACACAUGGGGGCAUCUAAUCACGUGGGGCCCCAGUAAGAGAUUAUUCUCUGGAACUUCCUUGUGGAGACACUGAAAAAAAACCCUUUGAAAUGUUAACAAACUAAGUUAAAGUUUCUGUUCAAGAACAAAAUAAAGAUAUUAUACCUGUGUGUGAA